GGGCGAGGCAGAGGGGGAGGGGAAGGCGGCGGCGGGGAGCGGCUGCUUUUUCUUCUCUUUCGGGCCCUUUCCCGGCCUUGCUCCGCACCGACGGGGCCCGAGCACGGCUGGAGACCGCAGCCCGGCCGGGAGGGCGGGCGGGCGGGGGCAGAGAGUGAAACCGCCCCCCCGCCCCGCACAAACAAGCACCGCCGUCUGCAGCCCGAACCCGCACCCAGGCCGCCACCCCCGGCCGCCUCUUUCCAGCCGGAGAGCGCGCUUCAGCCGCCCCCCGCGCCGCCGCGGCGAGACGAGUCGGCUUCGCUACGGUGCUCGGUUCUCCCGCCGGCUCGGCGAGCGGUGGCGGCGGUGGCGGCGGUGGCGGCGGCACUGGGAAAAUGGCGGCCGAGCUCCUUUUCCCUCCCCCCCUUUAAUCUGAAGCGGAGGGAGAAUGGAGCGAGCGAGCGAGCGGGCGAGCGCCGGGGACACGGGGAGGAGGGACAGCAGCGCCUCCGCCGGCUGCGGCUGCGGCGGCGAAGGGCCGCUCCACCCCGGCGCGCCGCCAGGGGGCGCCCGCCGCGCCGCCCCCGCGGGCCGCCAGGAGGCGCGGCCGCCGCCGCCUCAGUCAUGGCUCCUCGCCGUGGCCGAUGUUUUUGUACCUCCAUCUGCGGAGGCCGCGGCGCCCGGCCCCAGCUGCCCCGGACGUGCGGCGACGGCACGCAGCACUGCGGCAGGGGGAAGCCAGCCCUCGCUGCGGCCGAGGAAUGGCCAUGAGAUGUGAGUAGAAGCCCCCUGGACAGCCUCCAAAAGAGAACUGUGAGAAAAGGUUCUUCAAUCCUAAAAAUGAUGGAGGAAAAAACAGUCCCUCUUCCUCAGACAGUGACACCUCAAACUGCUACAGUCACCUUUGCAGCAAGCCUGAAGAUGCCACCAACAUCAAAGGGAAUAGAGAGUUGGUCCUUGGUGAUAGCAUUAAGCCACUGUAUCAACCAAUCCUGACAAUUUGUAUGACUUCUGGAUUUCCAGCCACAUUACAACAAUGUAACAAUAAACAUUUAUUAAUUGCUUAAGCCAAUUUGAGUUAGGUUCCUUAUAUAAUAAAUGAAGUCAAAAAACAA